ACAGCAAGCUAAGAAACUGGUUUUAAUUUUUAAAUAAGCGCUGCCUCUGAGACAAUGACCUCCCUGUCUGCCGUGCUUAUCAAGAUAAAUAGAAACAAUCUUCCUUUCUUCCCUUUUCUUCCUCCCUUCUUUCUUCUCCUCAAAACUUCAUACCAUCCCAAGAAAGCGAGCCUGCGCCACCAUCUCUGCAACUUAGCUGCCUUUCCCGUCGCAACCCAAAAGCCGGGGGACAAGAACAAAACCUCCAGAACAAAAAAAAAAAAAUAAAAGAGAAGAAAACGGGUUUCCCUCCCAUCCAUCAACCGCAGAUGAAGAAUCUCUACCCUAAAAACAAAGGUAAAGUGUAUCCUUCCCCCUCCUCGUCCUCUCUUCCUUAUUAUUGCUCAACAAGAGAUGCCCUAUCCGUGUUAAAGCUCCUCCCAGCUGCGAUUCUUGCCCUGGCCUCCGUUCUUUCCCCAGAGGACCGUGAGGUUUUGGCUUACAUGAUUACAAGGUCCAUGAAGACGACCAAUCCACCUUCGAUGGUCGAAGAAAAGAAGAAGUGCAAGAAGCCCAACAACGGUGGUAGUAUUGUUCAUAAGCCCCCCAUGUUCGACUGCGGGUGCUUCGACUGCUACACGAGCUACUGGUUCAGGUGGGAUUCGUCACCCAACAGAGAGCUCAUACAUCAAGCCAUUGAGGCCUUCGAAGAGCAUCUGACCAACGGAGAGAACUCAAAGAAGAGUGGCAGAAACAAGAAGAAAGACAAGAUGGCUCGUCGUCUCGUCAUCGAGAAACCGGAAGCGGAGACAAUGGCGCCGGAGAAAGAGCCCGAAGUGCCGGAAUCUGUACUAGCAGAGCUGGAGACGAGCUGCCUAGUGCCGGAAAAUGACGCCUUUCCGACUGUUUUGUUAGACAAAUCGGAAGAUGUGGAGAAGAAAGACGACUAUGAAGAAGGCGAUGUGGUGGAGUACGCGACGGAGAACCUGCAGGUUAUGGAGGAGGCCGCCGUACAAAUUCCGGCCAGCAACCACAGGGGCUUGGCCAGGAAGGUGUUACCGGACGUGUUGGGGUUGUUCAAUUCGCGUUUAUGGGGCCUUUGGAGUCCGAAUGUGUAAGUGGUAUUUUUAUUAUAUGUUAAUUAUUGGUUUUAUUUUUCGAGCCCAGACAAGAAAAUGAGAAAUGAGAAACCUGAUUUUGGAGAAGGAAAGAGAAGAAUCAGAUAGUUGAUAGUUGGAUGAGUAAGGAAGUUUGAUCUGAUGUGUAGCUGCAGUCUGGAAGACGAAUAUGUUUACAUCUUACUUCCUUUGUGAAGGCAAAGAAGGUUCUUUUUGUCCAUACA